AUUUUAUGCUUAUUAUUUUUAAUCUAAAAAUAUAUGAGAAUCACACAAAGCUCCUAUACAAUGUGUGACAUAAGAUAAGCAACUGUUCGAAAAAGUUUUGAACUGGUGUAUAUUGUUAAUGUGAAACUAUUUCAUCAAUAUAACCCUGCUGGUAUUAAGCUAUUUGUUUAUAAUUGUAUUGGAAAGAAGUUUAUAUUGAGUAUCCUAUUUCAGAUUACUGAGGACGAUUACAUUUGUGAACCUUGUAAUGAACUCCUCAUGAGGAGCAUAAACCAGCCAUUAACAACAAGCUGUGAUGGUGCUCAAGCUUCUGGGUCAUCUCAACUUGCUGGCAACAUAGACAAGUGUGCAGUAUUUGUGGACGGUCUACACUUAAUCGUCAGAGCCAUGCUAUUGUUAUUGACAAUCCUUCAGAAGAGCAAAGACAGAUUAAUGCUGUUAUACAAACAAGAAUUGCGCCACGUCAGAUAUCAUCAUCUGAUAGAAUAUGCCAUGCAUGCUGGAUGAGUUGCAAGCGUGCUGCCAUACGUAUUGAGCAUGCUGAUGAUGCCCGUGGAGUUGCUACUACUGAAGAAGUUCAAGUUGAAACUACUACUGAAGAAGUUCAAGUUGAAACAGGUGACUCUGAGCUAAUCACUGCUGAACCAGUUCAUGAAAGUCUAGAUCUGCCUUCUGUAGUUGCACCUAGUGAAAUAAUGUUGGAAAAUUAUAGACGGGCAGCAAAUACUGCUUCUCACUGCCUUUUCCCUCAAUGUAAUAAUAUUAAUUUGCACAAUAUGGCAGAUUCAUUUAGAGCAACAAUACUCAGUACAUAUCAAUAUUAUAUCCCUGUGCACAGCCGUGUUUGUACAGAACAUAGACUAAGUAACCAGUGGAGUAAUCUGUACAAUUCAAGUAAUAGCAUUAGAACAUUUACUUUACAACAAGUGGAACAUAUUUUUUCAUUUGUUAAUGCUUUCAAGCCUUACCUUGAUUUUACAAAUGUAGAAGCUAUCCAGGAAAUUGAGGAUAACAUAUUUUUCUUUUGGACUGGAAGGUCUAAACAAGAUUUUUUCACCCUUGUUAGUGAAGUUCCUCGCAUACAAAGGAUGCACAAAGGCCUUUUAGGAUUAGCUGCAUUGCUAAUAAAAAUGAGGACCGGUGAAUCAGAUGUUCGCUUAUCUACAUUAUUAGAUGUACCGCGUAGUACAUUAGAGCGGCUAAUGAAUAAAAGCAGGGAAAUCCUGGUUCAAGAUUUUGUACCUAUGCACCUAGGUAUUACUCACAUAUCAAGAGAAAAUCUAAUGAAUCAUAAUCUUACAAUACCAAAUGGUAUAUACAAUGAAAACUUCACAAAUGCUAUUAUUAUUUGUGACGGUACAUACAUAAAUAUAAAUAAAAGUUCAAAUUACUCCUUCCAAAAGGAUACAUAUUCAUUACAUAAAUAUAAAAAUCUAUUAAAGCCAUUUUUAUUUGUGGCAUGUGAUGGUUACAUCCUUGAUUGUUUCGGUCCAUACAAGGCUACCACAUCCGAUGCCGACAUUAUGAUUUCCCUCUUUGAUGAUGAAAACGCUCCUCUAAGAUUAUAUUUUCAAGAAAAUGAUGUGUUCAUUUUGGAUAGGGGAUUCCGAGAUUCCAUAAGAAUGCUGGAAGGUUGCAAUUACCGGCCAUACAUGCCUGAUUCUCUAUUAGUAGGUGAACACCAAUUAACAACACAGCAAGCUAACCAGAGCCGCUGUGUGACUAUAUGUCGUUGGGUGGUUGAGGCAGUUAAUGGACACUUUAAAAGAGAUUUCAAGCUCCUGAGGCAAGACUAUUUUAAUAAAUCUGUCCCAAACAUGAUGCAGAAUUUCCAAAUAGCUGCUAGUUUUCUAAAUAGAUUUGGUGUUCGUUUUCAGGACCGAAAUGAAGCUAAUGAGAUAGUUACAAUUAUAAGACAGCGAAUUAAUUUUGAAAAUAAUUUAGCCUUGUUAGUUGAACAACUUAACAUGAAUAGAAGGUCCACUGCUUUUCAGAGUAUAACUGCUGACCGAGAUAACUUAUUUUUGUUUCCUAGAUUAAGUUAUAGCGAAUUAAUAUUAUUUGCUCUAGGUACUUACCAGAUAAGACAAGCAAGGUCAUACUAUGGAGAACAUAUUAGAUUUCAUGGAUCAUAUCGAAUAGAAGUAUGUAGGGAUACACAAGACUUUUCUCAAUAUAAUCUUAGAGGAAGUGGUGAUAAAACGUUAAUAAGAGGAAAAAUUAAAUCCAGGCACAUUUCAAGAAAACAAUACUAUGUCUAUAUUUUAGUAGAAAAUAAUGUGCCUGGCAGAGCUGGGAUUGUUGAAUAUUGUUGCAAUUGUUUGGUCGGUCGACGAACCAUUGGAUGUUGCGCUCACGUGAUGACGGUAGUGUGGUACCUUGGUUGGGCUAGGUACGAAGACAAUAUAUCUGCUCCAGCAGCAUUUCUGGAUGACGUAGUUAUAAGAGAACUUGAUGAUAAUGAUGAGUAUUAAUAAACUAUUCCAUUGUAA